UGACUAGCAUCAGAAAACGGCAAUGGUUGUGUUAAAUGUUUAAAGGAUGGACUGAGAACUGACCUUUGGGAUUAUGGAUGGAGGGAGAGAGAGAGCAGGUGUGUGGAGGGAGUUUGUACACGCCGGCUGCAGCAGUUGCUUCAAGGGACAGGUAAAUCAUUGACAGCACGAGCGGAACAAAUGGUGGUCAACGCUUUGGCCUUAUACUGAAAAUGGAAAUGGAGCUUCAUCCAACACCCGUUCAACUCCUCUAAUGUACGUACAUACACAUGGACAGUGCGUGUGUUACACAAAAGCCCAAGAGUUCAGGAAGCCGUAAACAAGGAGACACACAUUGGACCGGCACGUGCCUGCAUCACAUGCAAACAAUCAGCACUUGGCUGAUUUUGCACUGGUAGUGGUGGUGUCGGGGAGGAGGCGGCUGUGCCGACACACUGCGAGCUGUAAACAUGGAGCCCCUGGAGGAAUAUCACUCUCCGUUUGACUUUGAGCAAGGAGUCAACACCAGCUACCUCUACCUCUCCCCGGCUUACGGCGAAACACCGCCCAGCUCUCCAUCUGUCAGAACCAGAGAAUUCCAGCAGCAUCCGGACUCAGUGCCAGAGGUGGGAGAGGAUGCAAUGAUGUCUGAAGGUGCCUCCCCUCCUCCAGCCUUGACGGAGGAGGAGCGGCAGGGACUACAGGAGGAGCUGGUCAAGGUAGAGGAUGAGAUCCAGACUCUGUCUCAGGUCCUGGCAGCCAAAGAGAAGCAGGUUGCUGAAAUUAAGAGGAAGCUGGGCAUCACACCCCUGAAUGAGCUGAAACAGAACAUCACUAAAACCUGGCAGGAGGUCACCACCUCAACUGCCUAUAGGAGGACAUCUGAAACGUUCUCUAUGGCAGGUAUGAAGGCCACGGCAGCUCUCUCCACCAUGGGCACUGCCAUCAGCCGGAAGCUCGAGGAUGUCAGCAUGCGCUCGUUGCAACACUCGGCGAGCAUGCCUGUUAUGAGAAACGCACCAACAUUCAAGUCGUUUGAGGAGAAAGUGGAGACACUGAAGACUAAGAUGACUCCGUCGCCGUCCUCCAGUGGCCCAGGCGAUCAGGACGACAGCGGCCCGUCUGCUGAUCCACUGGCCAACCAGCCCAAUGACCCGGAUGCCGACGAGGCGCUGACACACUGAUCUGCCCGACCCCGGCUCAGCCCUCCUCACUUGACCCUCUGACCCCUGGACCCUCAACACUUGCCCAUUAAACUCUCGUGUGCCAGUCUCCUUCUAUAGGAAACAAAUGACUCACCCCCAGCCUUCCUUUUAUCUAAUUGUCUGGCCUUGUCGCCUGACACGCGCGCUCACUUGUUAACUGGUGUGGAAACUGAAAGCAUGGAACGGGCGCAGGCAUGUGGUCUCAUGCCAGCAGUGUUUUUGAGUCUGUGCUGGCUGGAUGUGGGAGAAAUUCAUCCUGCUGUCACUUUUCUCCUACUCCUUUCCACACUCACUCCUUAUUUCUCUGCCUUUGCCUAAAAAUCUAAGCUCAGACACCAAAACUACUCCUAGUUAAUUUUUUUUGUCAUCAAAUUUAUACAGGUUAAUACAGGUUCAUGUGUUUGAAUGUAGAAUAAGAAACUUUAAAUAAGUAGACUCACUCUGCUCUUCCUGGGGUUUCUCAUUCCAAUGUUUUUCUUGGGUUCAUUCUUGGGUUGCUAUAUGUUAUAUAUACCUUAAUGUGGCCAAUCUCAUUACUGUGUCCUAAUUAUACGAGUCUUAAUCUAACUGCAACCAUAAAGUAGUCCAACACUGUUGAAAAUAUCUCUUCUAUGUCAUGUAGGUGCAACAUGCUGAGCUGCUACUGAGCUACCUACACACUCCACAGUAGGUUUUCAAAGCACAUUUCAGAAUAACGUUGAGGUAAAACACUGCCGACAACAUCAGAGCAGGACAAUAAGGAAUAGAGGACAUUUAGCUCUGUUUACCUUUCUUGAUGCCACUUUUUUUCUGCGGAAAGGUUUCUAAGAAGUUACACAAUGACCCAAAUUUUCUACUUUUGGUUGUGUCUUGGCAAACUGCGGGAUUAUAUACAGUAUUUGCUGAAAAAGCUGCUUUCACGCUUUCGAGUUUGAGUGUAAAACGUUUGGUAAAGUAAUAUUAAUGUUACAUUUCCAUCUAAAGCUGCUUCAUUUGAAUAUAACCUAGAGAAUAUUGAACCACUGAACAUUUAACACUUGUAGUUGACUAAUGUGCACGAGGCUACUGAUGCUAGAUGGACACGCGGAGCAGCCUCUGGUAGCCAGAUGGACGACAACUGGCCAAACAUGAUCACAUCGCUUCACCACAUGCACAGCGUGGCUGGGAGGGCAAGCGUACGAAGCCAGAUAAGGGGGUUUCUAAGCAGCCGUGACACAAAGUGCUUGCUCGCCUGCGUCGGCCUUGAGGUUUUAACAUGUCCUCAUAGAACAUCAGGUUCCAGCCACGACACAAGGAAAGUCCUUGCAGCCACGUAUUUCAGACACAAGUGUUUAUCAGCAACUAUUCAGUACGCGUUACAUGUGAUUUGUUUGGUUCUUGAUUGGAAACAUUAAAAGACCUGCUGUAACCUAA